CCCUCCCUUUCUUUUUCAAGACACACACCACAGCAAAGUCUGUGCGGAAUCCUAAACCAACCCAAUUUACAUCCAUUCAUGAAUCUGUGACGUCAGCAAGCCUUUGGGCUCUUUUGCAGUGGGCUGGAGGAUUGUGUGGGUAGAAUCCACAUCCCCUUAUUUUUCUAAUUCUGCAAGGCUUUUUUUUUUUUUUUUUCUUUAAAUGAACCUUCCAUCUUUUUAAAGCAAGAAGAUGGAACAACAUGUGUAGGAAUUCUUCAUUAUUAUUUUGGAACCCUCUCUUGCAUCUGAAUUCUGUUCUGAUAAUCCUCUGAGUAUCAUCUCAGGACCUUGGGCCCACUCAUGGCACGAUGGCCAACCCUCAGGAGCACCUGAGCUCCUCCUCUUCUCCACACUUAGCCUUGCAUGAAAACAGAACCUUCAAUGGACUACAAGAUGAACUCACCCCUAUGGGGAACCACCCUUCAUCCAAGCUCCUGGAGGACCUGCAGGAAAAAGGGGGGCUUCGAACAGAGCUAAUUGAGAACAUGAGCAGCCCCAUCACCACAACAGUGUUGACCAGUGUAAGCGAGGAUUCCAGGGACCAGUUUGAGAACAGUGUCCUUCAGCUAAGGGAACAUGAUGAGUCAGAGAUGGCAUCUCAGGGGAACAGCAACACUGUGGAUGGAGAGGACACAAAUACAGCUGAAGACAUCAAAAUUCAGUUUAGCAGGUCGGGCAGUGGCAGUGGUGGGUUUCUUGAAGGACUGUUUGGAUGCUUAAGACCUGUAUGGAAUAUCAUUGGGAAGGCAUAUUCCACUGACUAUAAACUGCAGCAACAAGAUACGUGGGAGGUGCCAUUCGAGGAGAUCUCCGAGCUGCAGUGGCUGGGUAGUGGAGCCCAAGGAGCUGUCUUCUUGGGCAAGUUCCGAGCGGAGGAGGUGGCCAUCAAGAAAGUGAGAGAACAGAACGAGACGGAUAUCAAGCAUUUAAGGAAGUUGAAGCAUCCUAACAUCAUUGCCUUCAAGGGUGUGUGUACCCAGGCCCCAUGUUAUUGUAUCAUCAUGGAAUACUGUGCCCAUGGACAACUCUACGAGGUUUUGCGUGCUGGCCGGAAGAUCACACCUCGAUUGUUAGUAGACUGGUCCACAGGAAUUGCAAGUGGAAUGAAUUAUUUGCACCUCCAUAAAAUUAUUCAUCGUGAUCUCAAAUCACCUAAUGUUUUAGUGACUCACACAGAUGCAGUAAAAAUUUCAGAUUUUGGUACAUCUAAGGAACUCAGUGAUAAAAGUACCAAGAUGUCUUUCGCUGGCACCGUGGCUUGGAUGGCGCCAGAAGUGAUAAGGAACGAACCUGUCUCUGAGAAAGUAGACAUAUGGUCUUUUGGAGUGGUGCUUUGGGAGCUGCUGACAGGAGAGAUCCCUUACAAAGAUGUGGACUCAUCAGCCAUUAUCUGGGGUGUUGGAAGCAAUAGCCUACACCUUCCAGUUCCUUCUACUUGCCCUGAUGGAUUCAAAAUUCUUAUGAAACAAACGUGGCAGAGUAAACCUCGCAACCGGCCUUCUUUUCGGCAAACACUCAUGCAUUUAGACAUCGCUUCUGCAGAUGUACUUGCCACCCCUCAAGAAACUUACUUCAAGUCUCAGGCUGAAUGGAGAGAAGAAGUGAAAAAACACUUCGAGAAGAUCAAAAGUGAAGGAACUUGUAUACACCGCUUAGAUGAAGAACUGAUUCGAAGACGCAGAGAAGAGCUCAGGCAUGCUUUGGAUAUUCGUGAGCACUAUGAGAGGAAACUUGAGCGGGCUAAUAAUUUAUACAUGGAACUGAGUGCCAUCAUGCUGCAGCUAGAAAUGCGUGAGAAGGAGCUCAUUAAGCGUGAGCAGGCAGUGGAAAAGAAGUAUCCUGGUACCUACAAACGACAUCCUGUCCGACCAAUAAUCCACCCCAAUGCCAUGGAGAGACUCAUGAAAAGGAAAGGCACGCCCCACAAGCCCGGGAUGCAGACCAGACGGCCAGAUUUGUUGAGAUCUGAAGGUAUCCCCAGUACAGAGGUGCCUCCCACUGCAUCCCCUGUGUCCGGAAGUCCCAAAAUGUCCACCUCAAACAGCAAGAGCCGAUACCGAAGCAAACCCCGCCACCGCCGAGGGAAUAGCAGAGGCAGCCAUAGUGACUUUGCCGGAAUCUUGAAAAACCAGCCAGCCCCAGAAAACUCUGCCCAUCCCACCUAUCCACACGAAGCUCACUCCCAGUACCCCCAGAAUCCUCUGCAGCAGCUAUACCAGCAAACACCUCCCGCCGCUGCCGCUCAGAGCCAACACCCCAGACUCAAUAUGCACGGGCAGGACAUUGCCACCUGCGCCAACAACCUGAGGUACUUUGGCCCAGCAGCAGCCCUGCGGAGCCCCCUCAGCAACCAUGCUCAAAGACAGAUGCCUGGUUCCAGCCCCGACCUCAUCUCUGCAGCCAUGGCGGCAGAUUGCUGGAGAAGUUCUGAGCCAGACAAGGGGCAGGCUGACCCCUGGGGCUGUUGUCAGGCUGACCCUUAUGACCCCUGCCUCCAAUGCAGGCCAGAACAAUGUGGAUACUUUGAUACACCUGCUGCUGAGCCAGUGGGGAGGAGCCCCGAUUUUUCCAAGUCACCAGCACAUAAUCCCCUCUCGGAAAACACCCAGGGUUCUGAGAACAUGGAAGGAAAUGAAUUCAACGGCUGUAGGUCUGCAUCGUCCCUCAGCAACCCCCAGCAUGUGACCCCCCCAGUGCUACCUCGAAAACCAAGGCCCCUUCAAAAGAGUGGAGACGACUCCUCGGAAGAGGAAGAAGGGGAAGUAGAUAGUGAAGUUGAAUUUCCACGAAGACAGAGGCCUCACCGCUGCAUCAGCAGCUGCCAGUCCUAUUCAACUUUCAGCUCGGAGAAUUUCUCUGCGUCUGAUGGAGAGGAGGGCAAUACCAGUGACCACUCAAACAGUCCUGACGAGCGAGCUGGGCACCGUGAAGACCGCCUGGCAGAGAGGCUGGAGGACCUGCUAUCCCACACACCAGAGAUCCCUAUCGAGAUAUCCUCGCACUCGGAUGGGCUCUCUGACAAGGAGUGUGCAGUGAGCCGUGUGAAGACACAGAUGUCUCUGGGGAAGCUGUGUGUGGAGGAACGUGGCUAUGAGAAUCCUAUGCAGUUUGAAGAAUCGGACUGUGACUCUUCAGAUGGUGAAUGUUCUGACGCCACAGUUAGGACCAAUAAGCAUUACAGCUCUGCAACGUGGUAAUGAAAGAACGCCCAUCCUGAAGAACCCAUGACCGUACUGACAUUUCACACCCGAGCCCCCCAGACUCUUGCCCUCUCUCCCUGCUUCACGUCUGGGAGAGAGCUGCCCCAUCUUUACUGCUCCUAGGAACAAGCUGCAAUAACAGGCACAUGAGACUUGGAAAAUCUCUGGAAAAAAAAAAAUAAUCCAAAUGAAAUUAAGUCUCACUGAACAUUUCAAUCAAGAAUGGCAGGGAUCUAUUUUAUUGAAUAUUCUAGCUACUGUAACAUUGAUAUUUAUUUUUGUUUGACAUUUUAACACUUUGUACUGUAAAGAGUGAACUAUAUAUAAUAUAUAAAGAGAGACACCAUAAUUUGUUGCGAAAAAGAAGAAACUGAAAGA